AGACCAGCUCCUCUGCAAGCAAAGGACCCACCAAAACCAAUCACAACGAUGCCGAGAUCCCAGCGUUCUCAAUGACACCCUUUUUCCUUCCUUUCCUCGGAAGCCAACAACCUUGACGCUUCGCUUUGACAUGCUUGAAUCCUCAUCAGAAGCGCCACUAGUAGUAUCAUAAUGUCUCACUAACUCAUAAUAAACCCUCCUACAGCAUCACUACAAUAAUAAGGAUCCUGUAACAAAGAAAAAUCUCCCAAAAAGAAUUCUUUUCCACCAUGUGGCAACGUCAAGUCAUCCGCAACAGUCGCUCCCUCCAGACUCGUCUGGCAGCGAAAGCCCGUUGCUUUAGCAGCACCAGUUCUACUCUCCAACAAUUCGACACUCCAGAUGGAAAACCAUUCCGUGUCAUGGUCGCCAACAGAGGCGAAAUUGUCCAACGAAUCCAACGAACGUGCACUCAAUAUCCCGACCUUUUCGAAACCGUUGUGGUCCAUUCCACGGCCGAUGCCAUGGCGCCCUUUGUCGCCGAGGCUUCUGGAUCCGUCAAACCCGUCUGCAUUGGUCCCGCCGCGGCCAGUCAAUCUUAUUUGAAUGUAGAUAAAAUUCUGCAAACCAUCGAACAGACGGGUAGUCACAUGGUCCACCCCGGAUACGGCUUUUUGAGCGAAAAUGCCGAUUUUGCCAAAACCAUUACCAACGCUGGAGUCGUCUGGUUGGGACCUCCUCCUCAUGCCGUACAAGAAAUGGGAGAUAAAUUACGAAGCAAAGAAGUCGCCGUCGAUGCUGGUGUCACGGUCGUACCGGGAUAUGAAGGUGUCUUGGAAAGUGUCGAUCAAGCUCUGGAAGUCGUCAAGGAUAUUGGAUAUCCCGUCCUUCUAAAGGCGGCUGCUGGAGGUGGUGGUAAAGGAAUGCGAAUCUGCCACAAUGAUCAAGAUCUCAAGGAAGCAUACGGAAUGGCAAAGUCCGAAGCCAAGUCAUUCUUCAGUGAUGACAGGCUCUUGAUUGAAAAGUACAUUGUCAACCCUCACCAUAUUGAAUUCCAAGUCCUUUGCUCACGCAAUCCGACCACCAACGAAAUUGAUGUCGUCGUUUUCCCCGAACGAGAAUGCUCCAUUCAACGUCGAAACCAAAAGGUCAUUGAAGAAUCUCCUUCCGUAUUGUUGACGGAAGAAUCGCGCCAAAAAAUGGUGGCUCAAGUCAGACAGUUGUGCAAGACCGUCGGAUACGAGAGUGCCGGAACCAUUGAGUUCCUGGUCGAAGCUCCACCCGGUGGCGAACAGAGCUUUUACUUUUUGGAAAUGAACACUCGAUUGCAAGUCGAGCACCCCAUUUCGGAGGCUGUUUGCGGUGUGGACCUCGUCAAGGGAAUGCUCUGGAUUGGAGCUGGAUGGGGAUUGCCCGAAGAGUUCCAUACCAACGAACCCAUUCUCCCCUACAAGGGACAUGCCAUUGAAGCCCGUAUCUACGCCGAAGAUCCGCUCCGUGGGUUCUUGCCAUCCACGGGCCCUCUUCGCCCCUAUGUGGAACCCGUCGACACGUUCAAGGCAAAUCCAACUGCCCCCGAGUACACUCGCAUGGACUCUGGAGUGGCCAAUGGACAUGUCGUGACGCCAUUCUACGAUCCCAUGUUGUCCAAGACCAUUUAUUAUGCUGCUGACCGCCCUACAGCCGUUGAGGGUUUGGCCACUGCCCUGGACCAGUACAUUAUUGAAGGUGUGCAACACAAUGCUCGCCUCGUCAAUGCCGUCUUGAGGCACCCCGAAUUCAUGGCUGGAAACACACCCACAAGCUUUCUGGAAACUCACUUCCCGGAUGGAUUCCAAGGCGUACAACUCUCAUUGGCCAAAGAAGAGGAAAUGGCGGUGGGAGUCGCCAUGAUUGAGUCCUUCAAGAAUGAACUCACCAUGUCCAAACCGGGAGAACCUCUCAUGGUUCAGUUGGGAGGCAUGUUUGGAAAGGCCUUCAAGGUAACUCUCGGGGAAGAAACCGCCACAGUGCAGUACAUCACCAAGACUCCCGAGGAGGAAGAGAAUGGAGCUGUGCGUACGGUCAGUUUGAGCCAAAUGGGCAAGGAGGGAGCCACAGUGGAUUAUCAACCACGCAAGUAUUUGGCCGAGGUUUCGCUAGACAAUACUCCAAGGUUCAUCCAGGUAGUGAGCAAGGAGGCAACAGGAGAACUCAACGUGCAAAUGUAUGGCGCCAACAUGCCAGUUCUGAUUGAGACGGAACGGGAAUAUGAACUCUCUUCUCACAUGCAUGAACCCGUCAAGCAGGACACUACGGAUAUCGUUCCCAGUCCCAUGCCUGGAACUGUGAUGAGCUAUGCCGUUCAGGAAGGAGAUCUCGUUGAGGACGGACAAGAGCUUUGCAUUGUCGAGGCAAUGAAGAUGCAAAACAUUAUCCGUAGUCAUCGCAAGGGAGUCGUGGAAGCCCUGCUCGUGAAGACUGGCUCGUCGGUGGCAGCUGACGAAGUGAUCAUCAAGCUCGUGCCUGAAACCGAUGACGAAGAAGACGAUGCACCCGCAAAGGCAGCUUAGAGCAGUGUUUUUGGAACAACGUUAGACUUUUUACGCAGGAUAAAACUAUAGUUUGCAUAGAAUAUGGAUGGAAUGCCCCUUCAUAGCCAGCCAGUUAGUUUUGGAAGUACCGUACUGAUGUGUCAACUCUUCUGGUGGGGGGCGCAGGAUCCGAAAACUCUGGCUUCAAGCCGAUUUAUUCAAUCCUUGAUCCCGCGUAUGACGCCUGGACAUAUUGGCAGGUACCUGGCACAGUAUGGUGCUGUUGUCGACCCUAUUGAGAUCUAAUUUCUAUCAGUGCCACAGUCAGGAACGACGCCAAGGCAACCAUGGCGGCUUGACCCCAUGCCUUGUUGGCAGAUGAUAAGACCUGCUGUUCGAAAUAAAAGGAAUUGUCCAGUUCUUGUUGGGUCAUGUUGGUGGACUCGAGGUGUAGCACGCAGAAGAACUCAUUCUCUCCGUCUUCCACGACACUUCCAAGCCAGACACAGCCCGUGUCACGAAGGCAGUUAGUUCGGUCCUUCUGUCGAAAGCAAAUGUUGUUGUCAUCAUGAAGCUCCUCUGCCACCAAGCAUAUUUCUUCUCGAUCGGUGUUAGAAGAGCCGAACAUUCGAGGAAAGUAGCAGUCGACGUCGGGAAAACCAUCACACGAAGUCAUGCAGUGCCUUUUCUUUUGACUCCAAACACAGUCUGCAUCCGACACCAAGCACUCUUCACAGGCUGACGAUUCACAAACAGCGUCUGUCAUUUGACAUGAUACACUCUUCAACCAAAGAAAUCCAAAUACGACACAUAUUUCUAGGACAAGUUUGAGGGCGGUCAUAUCGUUAACUUGAUACAGUACUCUUUACAAAAUGGCGUUGCUUGCCUGAAGGCCUGAAGGAAUGAGCAAUGAGGCAAUUCCGUCCAGUCCAAGUGAUCACUCCAGCUGUCCCACUUUUGUGUGAGAAGAUGCAGGUCGUCCUACUCGAUUGGAACAACCCGAGCUGUAAAAACACAUUGGUGCAAAUGAGUGACAGGAGAGGGACAGAUAUUACGGUGCCUUCUUUGUUCAAGUGGUACUGUACCGUGCUGGAGCGUGGCCUGGAUUGGGUCCUGCUCUCAAUGUCAGACUGUGCAGUUGAGCCAAUAGCUAGUAGUGCAGUGGUAAGUCGAGGAGUAAGAUGAGCCGUAUCGCAGACUGGGCCCGUGGCCCGGUUGCAAGCGGUAGAUCAAGGAGUUGGGUUGGAUAGACAAGGGGGCUGGUUCCUGUGUUGGGCCUGGUGAGAUUCGGGAGUAGCUAGGUCCUGGUUUGGGUCCAGAAGUUUGUUGGCCCAGGAUCUUAUAGCUAGCUAGAGUUUUGGAUUACCAAGAGCUCACCUGACCUCAAGAUGCAAUAGUAUAGCUGUGGCUAAUAAUACUUCCUCCUUAGUGUAUCUCAAAUUCAAAAAUGCAACAAUUGUUCCCCCAACCCAAAACUCUACAGCAGAUAAGCUGCAUUCAUGCUGCACCUUCGCUUGGGAUUAGCGCUGGCAGCCGAGGUCACAGAUGGUCUCUUGUGAUGAUUUCGAUUCACAGUUGACAUGGGCUUGUUGCAGGCGGCAGCGGCGGCAAUCAAGGUAUCCAUGUCUUGUUGCGAAACGGAUACCGUCUUCUGUGGCCUGCUUUCCUUGCUCGGGAACGACAGAUCAUGGUCAAUGAUCUCUUCCAGGCGGGAGCAUACAGACUUCAUGGUAGGG